UACACCUCUGCAGAGCACAAGGCAAAAUAAUUUACAACCAAAAUCCAAUAUUCAGAGGAAUGGAUUCCAGCCAGUCUUUCAACCAGCCCUUAAUGGCCUGCAAUUCUUCUAAGAAAUCAGCGAUGUUGCAGCCAGCAGCACCCCCACCAGCAUACCAGGAUAAUCUUGCUGGAUAUCCUCCCUCCUUUCCAAGCCACCCAGCACCUCAAGGACCCUACGCCCAGGGGCCGGAUCCAGGACAGUCUGCGGUCACUGUACAGCCUGCAGUUUUUGUGACCACUGCUCCACUGGCCAAUCCAGUGCCAGAUCACUUGGGCUACUCCAUCUUCACCAUGCUGUGCUGCUGCUUACCUCUGGGCAUUGCUGCGCUGGUUUUCUCCUGCUCUGCUCGAAAUGCCAAUGAUUCAGGACAACGAGAAUUAGCAGAGAAGAACUCCAAAACGGCACUCACCCUGAAUCAUUUCGCUCUUGCUCUUGGCCUCAUUUUCAUUGUAUUGUAUAUUAUCUUUCAGGUUGUGUCGUUUAAAAAUGUAAACCAGCAUCCAUAACUGUUACAGUUAUCAUGGUUGGGUACAGACUAUACAAACAAAUUGGAUUCUUUUCAUUUAAAAUGUUAUUUGCUUAAUGUGUCAAUAUUCGCACAGUUAAAACAUGCUUUAAAGACAGAUUAUUGGAUCUUUAAAACAAUAAAAGCUUGACCAACCAAAAAACAGCAUUUAUUUUUGUUU